UUUACGACGCUAACCUCGGUCGUCGCCGUGUGGAACAUCAUGAUCACGCAGUUGUCAGUGGCAGUUUGGCUGGGGAGAACAUGACCGGACUGCAGAAAACCUAUGUACACCAGUCCAUGUUCUGGAGUGACCUUGGACCGGAGGUAGGCUAUGAAGCCAUUGGUGUCUGUGACAGCCAGCUGCCCACCGUUGCUGUGUGGGCCAAGGCAACCGCACAGGACACACCAGCUGCAGCAGCAGCCUCAGCACAGGGUGACAACACGCUGCGAUCUGACACAGAAGAGGAAGUGUCUGACGAGAAACCAAAGAAAAAAAAGAAGUCCAAGAAGGCGAAGAAAGAGCCUGUCACUAAGGAACUGGUUCAGGAUGCGGAGAAGAAGGUGGACCCAGAGAAUUAUGGAAAGGGCGUUGUCUUCUACAUGCGAGAGAAGAAGGUUGUUGGUAUUCUCCUGUGGAAUGUCUUCCACCGUAUGCCUCUGGCAAGAAGGAUUAUUGCUGAUGCUGAAGAUCAUGAGGACCUAGGGGAGCUUGCAAAGAAGUUCAGACUUCACGAGGAGUGAACAAAGAAAAUAUCCAAACCUGCCUUGCUGGUUCAGCAGCCAGAUAAUCAGACUGGCAAACCCAAGACAUCACAUGCACAAGGUCCAUGAAUUGCCUUGUUCACAAAAGACCCAUUUGGUCAAUAUUUUUUAAGCAUAACACCUUCCAUUUUUUUUUAAAAACCAUGCCCAUGGAGUCGCCCUCUUCAGGGUUGUACAUAGCUUUGUUCUACACCUAGUGUACAGACAGUGAUGCCCAUUAGCCAGACAUAGGAUAUUUCUCGCUCUUAUUAUUUCUUAUCUUGGACAAUGGAGUUCACGAUCUUCCAAUUGCAUAAGUUUUUCAAACCAUUUUUAGAACUCAGCUAAUUUUGCUGAAUGCAAGUGUCAGCUACAAACCAACAACACCUUGUUCUGUUCCCCACCUGAACGAUCACAUUACGUGUGCGUACCCAGAGAGGCAACAUACAUACAUACACACACAAAGGAACAGAUUGAGUUGUCGAUGGAAAAUACCGAGUGUCAGAUCUGAUGGAGGUGUGUACAGUCAGUAUGAAAGAGCUCGUACACAGUAGCAGCGCAGAGAAUAAUAAUGCUUGUUGUCGAAUAUCACUUGGGGAAGGUGCACAGCAGCAGCAGCACACUUUCAGGACAAACAACCACCAGAGCAGCAGAGUUUAAAAAAAUCAAGUACAGAUGUAACAUGUACACUGGGAGUCUCUCCUCAAAGCUGCAGUCACCAAACAAGUCAGUGAUCUAGCAGCGAUCCCAUAGGGCGAUGGGCAUUGGGGACGACGCGCAGGGCACGUCAGAAAGACAGCAGCAAGAGCAGAGUGGCGGUUGUUGUUGCAACGGC